AUGCCGCGAGCAGGUCUGCUGUUUUUUCUCUCCGUUGUUUCUCUUCGCUCGGUCUGUGGCCAGGUCAGCUACUCCAUCCCUGAGGAAAUGGCGAAAGGAUCUUUGGUCGGUAACAUAGCACAAGAUUUAGGUUUAGACGUGAAAAGACUGAAAUCAGGGAAAGCUCGUAUAUAUACAGGAGAAGGCACAGAUCACAUCGAGCUGAAUAAAGAAAGGGGAGCCCUUGUAAUCAAAGAGCGGAUAGACAGAGAAGCGCUCUGCGGACAGACGACGCCCUGCGCUCUGGAUUUUCAAAUCAUUUUGGAGAAUCCUAUGCAGUUUUACAGCGUUACUGUUGAGAUCACCGACAUUAACGACAACUCUCCCACUUUUAAAAACAGUGAAAUGAAAUUUGACAUAAGUGAGACGGUUCAAAUUGGGUCAAAAUUUGUUUUAGAAAAAGCUGUUGACGACGAUGUGGGUGUUAAUGGGCUCCAGGGCUAUUCAUUGAGUUCAAGUGACAUGUUCACCUUAAAUCCCUAUAGGAUAGGUAGCAGCAGAAAUGUUGAAAUGGUUUUAAGGAAACCUCUUGACCGAGAGAAACAGGACCAUGUCUCCGUGGUAUUAACUGCUCUAGAUGGUGGCAACCCUCAGCUCUCUGGAACCAUUCAAAUUGCCAUAACUGUUCUGGACGCCAACGAUAAUGCACCUGUUUGUUCACAGGCGGAGUUUAAGACGAAUGUAAACGAAAAUUCAAUAAAAGGAGCUCUUCUAACCACGGUGAGCGCAUCUGAUGCAGAUGAAGGUCCACAUGGGAAAAUACGAUAUUCCAUAUCUAAUGGUCCAAAGGGAGCAUCAGAAUUAUUCAAUAUAGAUGAAGAUAGUGGGGUGUUCACAUUAGUGGGAAAACUUGACUAUGAGAAAUUUCGGCAUUACGAGAUAGAUGUUCAAGCAUCAGAUGAAGGCGGUAACGCAGAUGUAUGUAAAGUUAUAAUAGAGGUGCUGGACACAAACGAUAACCCACCAGCUAUUAAUAUAAUGUCAGCGUUAUCCAGUAUAUCUGAGGAUGUAAAACCUGGCACUGUUCUGACGAUGAUGAACGUCCAGGAUCCAGAUUCAAAUGAAAAUGGCAAAGUCCACUGCGUUUUAGAUGAUCAUGUUCAUUUUAAAAUCUCUUCCACGUCAAACAAUUUCUUUUCUUUAGUGACAGACAGAAUAUUACACGGUUUAUUUUACACGACCAUGGCGGUCACAACAAUGAGACGGCAAGUGCUUGCUUUCAUCUCGUUUCUCUGUUUCUGUUCAGUGACAGGGCAGGUCAGUUACUCUAUCCCAGAAGAAAUGCCGAAAGGCUCUUUCGUGGGUGAUAUUGCUCAAGAUUUGGGUUUGGAUGUGAAGAGACUGAAAUCAGGAAAGGCUCGCAUUUAUACGGGAGACAGCGCAGAGUACAUCGAGUUGAAUAAAGAAAGAGGAGUCCUCCUCGUCAAAGACAGAAUAGACAGAGAGGUGAUCUGCGCACAGACGGCGCCUUGUGCUCUGCAUUUUCAGGUCAUUUUAGAAAAUCCAAUGGAAUUUUAUAGCAUUACCGUCGAAGUCACAGAUGUUAAUGACAACGCCCCGAUUUUUGAAAGAGGCGAAAUGAAAUUCAGAAUAAGCGAAUCAGCUGUUGUAGGAACAGUAUUUGUUCUCGAGCAGGCAAUAGAUCUGGACGUGGGUGUAAAUGGCCUUCAGAGUUAUUUGUUAAAGCCAACUGAUAACUUUGUCCUGAAGCUGCAAAAUCAAGCAGAUGGAAGCAAGAUGGUAGAAAUGGUUUUGCAAAAGCCUCUAGAUCGAGAAAAACAGGAUCAUUUAUCGCUUGUAUUGACUGCAAUAGAUGGCGGUGAGCCGCAGCUCUCUGGAGCUGUUCAGAUCAGCGUAAAUGUCCUUGAUAGUAACGAUAAUGCUCCGGUUUUUACACAGAAAAUCUAUAAAUCCACCUUAAGAGAAAAUUCACCCCCAGGAACUAUAGUGAUCACAGUUAGUGCCACUGACUUAGACGAGGGAUCUAAUGGAAAAAUAUCCUAUGUAAUACUGAAUUCUGUUGAUGAUGCCUCGGAAAUAUUUGACAUAAACGGAGAAACUGGUGAAGUUAAAUUAGUCGGAAGCACUGACUUUGAAAAGAAGAGACAAUAUCAAAUACAUGUCCAGGCUAGUGAUGAAGGAGGACUAACUGACUCAAGUAAAGUUAUUGUGGAAAUACUUGAUACAAAUGACAACGUACCUGUCAUAAAUGUCAUGUCUAAAUCCAGCCUAAUAGCAGAAGACGUUCAGCCUGGCACUGUUGUCACAAUUGUGAAUAUCCAAGAUGCAGACUCUGGAACGAUGCAGCGGAUGCAGAGUGAGAAGAGCAUCUUGGAUGAACCAGACUCUCCUCUGGAGGUGAGGGUCUUUGAUAUUUAUAAUCCGAACUAA